GCAGGUCAUGCCCAGAGGCUCCUGCUGCGGGCACCUCCCCCAGCCUGGACUUUGGCUGUUUGCAGCCCUAUCCCAGUGCUCCGGGUGGGAAUGGCAGGCUGCGUCCCACUGCUCCAGGGCCUGGUCCUGGUCCUCGCCCUGCACCGUGCAGCGCCCUCAGUAUUUCUCCCGGCCUCAAAAGCAAGCAACGUUCUGGUGAGGUGGAAGCGUGGGGGCUCCUACCUUCUGGAAGAACUCUUCGAGGGAAACUUGGAAAAAGAAUGUUACGAAGAACUCUGUGUCUACGAAGAAGCAAGAGAAGUGUUUGAAAAUGACGUCAUCACUGAUGAAUUCUGGAGACAAUAUAAGGGCGGCUCCCCGUGCAUCUCCCAGCCCUGCCUCCACAACGGAUCUUGCCAGGACAGCACCCGAGGUUACACCUGCUCCUGCCCCGCUGGCUACGAGGGCAUCAACUGCGAGUUGGCUAAAAAUGAAUGUCACCCAGAGCGGAUUGAUGGGUGUCAACACUUCUGCCUCCCGGGACAGGAAUCCUACACGUGCAGCUGUGCUCAGGGCUACAGGCUUGGUGAGGACCGCAAACGCUGCAUUCCCCACGACCAGUGUGCCUGUGGGGUGCUGGCCUCCAGGAAGAGCGCACAGGAUCCGCAGGACCUCCCGUGGCAGGUAAAGCUAACAAAUUCUGAAGGAAAAGACUUCUGUGGUGGUGUUAUAAUACAAGAAAAUUUUGUACUGACAACAGCAAAAUGUUCACUGUUACACAGGAAUAUUAGUGUAAAAACACAUUUUAACAGAACGAGCAAAGACCCACUGAUGAUGAAGAUAAAGCGUGUCCACGUGCACAUGUGGUACGACGCGGACACUGGGGAGAACGACCUGUCCCUGCUGGAGCUGGAGCGGCCCCUCCAGUGCCCGGGCGCGGGACUCCCCGUGUGCACCGCAGAGAAGGACUUCGCUGAGCACAUCCUCAUCCCACGCACCAGGGGCCUCCUCAGCGGCUGGGCCCACAAUGGCACUGACCGGGGCAACUCGCUGACCAUGCUGCCGGUCACACUUGUGGAGGGGGAGGAGUGUGGGCAGCUCCUGAACAUGACUGUCACCACCAGGACCUACUGCGAGAGAAGCGGCGUGGCGGCCGAGCACUGGUUGGAGGGAAGUGUGGUCACCAGAGAGCACAGAGGCUCCUGGUUCCUCACGGGGGUCCUGGGCGCACAGCCAGCAGGAGGGCAGGCUCACACAGUCCUCGUCACCAAGGUCUCCAGGUACUCACUCUGGUUUAAACAGAUGAUAAAGUAGCAAAAGUCAGCUAUCCAGAAAACACAACCUGAAGUGGGAUUCCAAGCUUGCACUGCCACCACGGGGUUGGA